UCUUCUUCAAUCAAAAACUGUCUCAUAACAUCAUCAACGUGAAAACCCAAUCUCAAGAGCUUCGACGUUCAAACCUUUUUGUAGCUAAAUAAGACAGUGAGAAGAGAACCAUGGACAAGCGCGAGCAGUACGAGCGCGUCUUCAGCCACUUCGACGGGGACAAGGACCGCAAGAUAUCCCCCGCUGAGCUGCGGCAGUGUGUGGCCACCGUCGGCGGCGGCGACAUCUCGCUGGAGGAGGCGGAGGCGGCGGUGGAGGUCUUGGACGGUGACGGCGACGGCCAGCUGGGGUUCGAGGACUUCGUGGCGUUCGUCGAGGGCGGCGGGGCGGAGGAGAAGGCCGCCGACCUGAAGGAGGCGUUCAAGAUGUACGAGAUGGACGGCGGCGGGUGCAUCACGCCCAAGAGCCUGAAGAAGAUGCUGAGUCGGCUCGGGGAGUCCCGGAGUCUGGGCGAGUGUAAGGUGAUGAUUGCCAAGUUCGAUCUCGACGGGGACGGGGUCAUCAAUUUUGAUGAGUUUAGGGUCAUGAUGUCGUGACUUAGUUUGGAUUUCAUCUGUGUUUUGAUUCUUUUGGCCAUCCAUUCUUCCAUGAGAUGAGUAGAAAGUUUAAUAAAUCGAGUCACUGUUUUUCUCUUGAUUUUGAGAGAAGUUACUAAAAAAAAAAAUCAUAAAUCU